CCUCCUCCCACACCUUUCCUCUUCUCUUUCCCUCUUCCCUUCCCAUUCACCACCACCAUCGCCCAGACUCCCUGGCCGUCAAUUCCUUCCUCCCCGUCGUCCUUUUCCUCCAGGGUGGUGCGCGACGUGCCCGAUCCCGUUAUAUGUUUAUAAUACCUGCGUGUUGAACAGUUUCGAAAGCUUUGGUUCAUCGGUGCCGUCAACGCCCUCAUUCGAACGGCUUUUUCACCUAAUCUCUUUUUCUUUUUCUCCUCACUCUCACUAUUCCGGGCUGAAUUUCUACAUGGAAGUUGUCGAUUAAGAUAAUCAGCAUCAUGGGUCUUAGUAACGGAACGGGUGCCACCAACGGGCACGGCAGCUCUCUCGCUGCCAAAUACGAUAUCCCCUCACAUUUCGUCGGUGGAAACGCCCUCGAUGUUGCUCCUCCCAGCAACGUCAAGGACUUUGUGGCCGCUCACGGCGGUCACUCCGUCAUUACUUCCGUGUUGAUUGCCAACAACGGUAUUGCUGCAGUCAAGGAGAUCCGAUCAGUACGAAAAUGGGCCUACGAGACGUUUGGCAACGAGCGCGCCAUCCAGUUCACCGUCAUGGCCACGCCAGAGGAUCUCAAGGCCAACGCAGAUUACAUUCGUAUGGCCGAUCAGUAUGUGGAGGUUCCCGGAGGUACUAAUAAUAAUAACUACGCCAACGUCGAACUGAUUGUCGACAUUGCGGAGAGAAUGGACGUGCACGCCGUCUGGGCAGGAUGGGGCCAUGCUUCAGAGAACCCAAGGCUGCCAGAAUCACUAGCGGCCUCGCCCAAGAAGAUCAUUUUCAUUGGUCCGCCCGCAUCGGCCAUGCGCUCGCUGGGUGACAAGAUCUCCUCCACCAUUGUCGCACAGCACGCCAAUGUGCCCUGUAUCCCGUGGUCGGGAUCGGGUGUCGACCAAGUGACAAUUGACGAGAACGGCAUCGUCACGGUCGAGGAUGAGGUCUAUGACAAGGGAUGCACACAUUCGCCCGAGGAGGGUCUCCAGAAAGCCCGCGAGAUUGGGUUCCCCGUCAUGGUCAAGGCCUCCGAAGGAGGCGGUGGUAAGGGUAUCCGAAAGGUCGAGAAGGAAGAAGACUUUAUCACCCUGUACAAUGCGGCCGCCAGUGAGAUUCCCGGAUCGCCAAUCUUCAUCAUGAAGCUGGCCGGCGAGGCGAGACAUUUGGAGGUGCAACUGCUGGCCGAUCAGUACGGAAACAACAUCUCCCUUUUCGGAAGAGAUUGUUCCGUCCAGCGACGACACCAGAAGAUUAUCGAGGAAGCUCCCGUCACCAUUGCCAAGCCAUCUACCUUCCAGGCCAUGGAGAAGGCUGCUGUUAGCCUGGGAAAACUGGUCGGCUACGUCUCCGCCGGUACCGUCGAAUAUCUGUAUUCGCAUGCGGAUGACAAGUUCUACUUCCUCGAGUUGAACCCCCGUCUCCAGGUCGAGCAUCCCACCACGGAGAUGGUUUCCGGCGUCAAUCUGCCUGCCGCUCAGCUGCAGAUUGCCAUGGGUAUCCCCCUGCACCGCAUCCGUGACAUUCGUCUGCUCUACGGUGUCGACCCCAACACCUCGUCUGAGAUCGACUUCGAGUUCAAGAGUGAGGAGAGCUUCAAGACCCAGCGUCGCCCGCAGCCCAAGGGACAUACCACCGCUUGUCGUAUCACCUCCGAAGAUCCCGGUGAGGGAUUCAAGCCCUCCAGCGGUACCAUGCACGAGCUGAACUUCCGAAGUUCGUCUAACGUCUGGGGUUAUUUCUCCGUCGGUAGCUCGGGUGGAAUCCACAGUUUCUCGGACAGCCAGUUCGGUCACAUCUUCGCCUACGGCGAGAACCGAUCGGCGUCUCGAAAGCACAUGGUUGUUGCCCUGAAGGAACUGAGCAUCCGUGGUGAUUUCCGCACCACCGUUGAGUACCUGAUCAAGCUGCUCGAGACUCCCGCCUUCGAAGAGAACACCAUUACCACGGGCUGGCUGGACCAGCUGAUCAGCAACAAGCUGACCGCUGAGCGUCCCGACCCCAUUCUCGCUGUCAUCUGCGGAGCUGUUACGAAAGCCCACCAGGCCAGCGAGGAAUGCAUUGCGGAAUACCGCAAGGGUCUAGAGAAGGGUCAGGUUCCCGCCAAGGACGUCCUGAAGACAGUCUUCCCCGUCGACUUCAUCUACGAGGGUUCACGAUACAAGUUCACCGCGACCCGCGCAAGCUUGGACAGCUACACUCUCUUCAUCAACGGCUCCAAGUGCUCCGUCGGCGUCCGUGCUCUCGCGGACGGUGGUCUGCUUGUCCUGCUGAAUGGUCGCAGCCACAACGUCUACUGGAAGGAGGAAGCUGCCGCCACCCGUCUGAGCGUGGACGGCAAGACUUGCUUGCUCGAGCAGGAGAAUGACCCCACCCAGCUGCGAACCCCCAGUCCCGGUAAGCUGGUGAAGUUCACCGUGGAAAACGGCUCCCAUGUCAAGACCGGUCAGCCCUUCGCGGAGGUUGAGGUGAUGAAGAUGUACAUGCCUCUCAUCGCUCAGGAGGAUGGUAUCGUCCAGUUCAUCAAGCAACCUGGCGCCACUCUGGAGGCUGGCGAUAUUAUGGGAAUCCUGACUUUGGAUGACCCUUCACGCGUGAAGCACGCCCAGCCGUUCACUGGGCAGCUCCCCGAUCUGGGCCCGCCUCAGGUGGUUGGAAACAAGCCGCCUCAGCGCUACGUCCUUUUGUACAGCAUCCUCGAGAACAUCCUCAGGGGUUUUGACAACCAGAUUAUCAUGGGUUCGACCCUCAAAGAACUCGUCGAAGUCCUCCGCGAUCCUGAGCUUCCGUACGGAGAAUGGAACGCUCAAUUUUCCGCACUGCACUCUCGCAUUCCUCAGAAGCUUGACGCUCAGCUCGUCCAGGUGGUGGAUCGUGCAAAGACUCGCAAGGCUGAAUUCCCUGCCAAGCAGCUGCAGAAGACCAUCUCGCGCUUCAUUGAGGAAAAUGUCAACCCGGGUGAUGCUGAGACACUCCGAACGACUCUGCUCCCUCUUUUGACCGUUAUCGACCGAUACAUGGAUGGUCUGAAGACCCACGAGUUCGACGUCUUCAUUGGUCUCCUGGAGCAGUACUGGGAGGUCGAGCAUCUAUUUACCGGACGUAACGUUCGCGACGAGGAUGCCAUUCUCAAGCUCAGAGAUGAGAACAAGGAUGACAUCCUCAAGGUUGUUUACACCGUCUUGUCGCACAGCAAGGUCAGCUCCAAGAACAACCUCAUCCUGGCCAUCCUCGACAUGUACCGUCCGAACCGACCUAACGUCGGAAACGUCGGCAAGCACUUUAAGCCUAUUCUCAGAAAGUUGACCGAGCUCGAAUCCCGAGCUUCGUCCAAGGUGGCCCUCAAGGCUCGUGAGCUACUCAUUCAAAGCGCCCUGCCGUCCUUGGAGGAGAGAGCCUCUCAGAUGGAGCUUAUCUUGCGUUCGUCAGUCGUGGAGUCCAGGUAUGGUGAAACCGGCUGGGACCACCGGGAACCCGAUAUCAACGUGCUCAAGGAGGUCGUUGAUUCCAAGUACACCGUUUUCGAUGUACUCCCGCACUUCUUCUGUCACCAGGACCCGUGGGUCUCUUUAGCCGCCCUGGAAGUGUACGUCCGCAGAGCUUACCGGGCGUAUCAGUUGAAGGGCAUUCAGUAUCACCACGACAAUGAACCUCCAUUCGUCUCGUGGGACUUCAUUCUGGGCAAAGUUGGCCAGAGUGAAUACGGCCUGCCUAUCACAUCUUCUCACCCGUCCGCUCCUGGCACCCCAACCAGCGACACUUUCAACAGGAGAAUCAACUCCAUCAGUGAUAUGUCCUAUUUCAUCAACGAGAACGGAGGUGAACCCACUAGACAGGGUGUUAUUAUCCCUGUCCAGUACCUGGAAGAGGCUGAAGAAUACCUGCCCAAGGCCCUCGAAGUCUUCCCGCGCGCUGGCUCUCCGGUCAAGAAGGCCAACGAAGGUCUGCUGGCUGAUCUGUCUGGCAAGCGCAAGCCCUCUCAGAAGCCGGAGAGCGACGAGCUCAGCAAUGUUCUCAAUGUGGCUAUUCGUGACGUGGAGGCUCUGGAUGACACGGAGCUUGUCUCGCAGAUCAACGACCUGGUGGCCGGUUUCAAGGAAGAGUUCCUCGCCCGCCGUAUUCGUCGGGUGACCUUCAUCUGCGGUCACAAGGAUGGUGCCUACCCCGGUUAUUUCACCUUCAGGGGACCGUCUUACCAGGAGGAUGAGAGUAUUCGUCACAGUGAGCCUGCUCUGGCCUUCCAGCUUGAACUGGGCCGUCUUUCCAAGUUCCGCAUCAAGCCGGUCUUCACGGAGAACCGGAACAUCCACGUCUACGAAGCCAUCGGCAAGGGCCCCGAGAACGACAAGGCUGUGGACAAGCGCUACUUCACUCGUGCUGUGGUGCGUCCUGGACGCCUGCGGGACGACAUCCCUACUGCGGAAUACCUGAUCUCAGAGGCAGACCGGUUGAUGAACGAUAUCCUGGAUGCUUUGGAGAUCAUUGGCAACAACAACUCCGACCUCAACCACAUCUUCAUUAACUUCUCUCCGGUCUUCAACCUGGAGCCCAACGAUGUGGAGGAGGCCCUGGCCGGCUUCUUGGAUCGUUUCGGACGCCGUCUGUGGCGCCUGCGCGUCACUGGUGCAGAGAUCCGUAUUCUCUGCACUGACCCUGCAACUGGAAUGGCCUACCCUCUCCGUGUCAUCAUCACAAACACCUAUGGAUAUAUCAUUCAGGUGGAACUCUACGUUGAGAGGAAGUCGGAGAAGGGCGAAUGGGUCUUCCACAGCAUUGGUGGCACCAACAAGAUUGGCUCCAUGCACCUGCGCCCCGUGUCAACCCCGUACCCGACCAAGGAGUGGCUUCAGCCGAAGCGGUACAAGGCUCAUUUGAUGGGUACCCAGUACGUCUACGAUUUCCCGGAGCUGUUCAGACAGGCUGUCCAGAACAGCUGGACCCGGGCCAUCUCGAAGAUUCCCUCCUUGUCCGACAAGCGUCCGCCUGUGGGUGAGUGCAUCGACUACUCUGAACUGGUGCUCGAUGACAGGGACAACCUGGUGGAGGUCUCGAGAGAGGCGGGUACCAACACUCACGGUAUGGUCGGCUGGAUCGUCACCGCUCGUACCCCCGAAUACCCCCAAGGUAGACGGUUCAUCAUUGUUGCCAACGAUAUCACCUACCAGAUCGGUUCCUUCGGCCCGCUGGAGGACAAGUUCUUCCACAAAUGCACCGAGCUGGCCCGUAAGCUGGGUAUUCCUCGCAUUUACCUGUCCGCUAACUCCGGCGCUCGUAUUGGAAUGGCGGAUGAAUUGAUCCCCCACUUCUCCGUCGCCUGGAACGACCCCGAGCAUCCAGAGGCCGGAUUCAAGUACCUCUACCUGACGCCAGAGGUCAAGCAGAGAUUCGACGCCAGCAAGAACAAGGAAGUCAUUACCGAAUUGGUCCACGAGGAUGGCGAGGACAGGUACAAGAUCACCACCGUUAUCGGUGCCAAGGAUGGCCUGGGUGUUGAGUGUCUGAGGGGAUCCGGUCUCAUUGCCGGUGCCACCUCCAGAGCCUACGAAGACAUCUUCACCAUCACCCUGGUGACGUGCCGUUCCGUCGGUAUUGGUGCCUACCUGGUUCGUCUCGGACAGAGAGCCAUUCAGGUCGAAGGCCAGCCCAUCAUCCUGACUGGUGCACCUGCCAUCAACAAGCUCCUUGGCCGUGAAGUCUACACCUCCAACCUCCAACUGGGUGGCACGCAGAUCAUGUACAAGAAUGGUGUGUCCCACAUGACUGCCAAUGACGACUUCGAGGGUGUUCAGAAGAUUGUCGAGUGGCUGUCCUACGUUCCGGACAAGAAGGAUGCCCCUGUUCCUAUCCGUCCCUGGUCUGACCCCUGGGAUCGUGACAUCCUCUACUAUCCCCCCUCCACCAAGCAGCCCUACGAUGUGCGAUGGCUCAUUGCUGGUAAGCAGGAGGAGGAUGCCUUCCUGCCCGGUCUGUUCGACAAGGACUCUUUCGAGGAGGCUCUCGGUGGAUGGGCUAGAACCGUUGUUGUUGGGCGCGCCAGACUCGGUGGUAUCCCCAUGGGUGUCAUUGCAGUUGAGACUCGCUCUGUUGACAAUGUGACUCCUGCCGACCCUGCCAACCCCGAUUCGACUGAGAUGGUGAGCACUGAGGCUGGUGGAGUCUGGUACCCCAACUCCGCCUUCAAGACCGCCCAGGCUCUUAAGGACUUCAACCACGGAGAGCAACUGCCAGUCAUGAUCUUGGCUAACUGGAGAGGUUUCUCUGGAGGUCAGCGUGACAUGUACAACGAGGUUCUAAAGUACGGUUCCUACAUUGUCGAUGCCCUCGUCAAGUACGAACAGCCUAUCUUCGUCUACAUCCCGCCGUUUGGUGAACUCCGAGGUGGUUCGUGGGUCGUCAUCGAUCCCACCAUCAACCCUGACCUGAUGGAGAUGUAUGCGGAUGAGGAGUCUCGUGGUGGUGUUCUCGAGCCCGAAGGUAUCGUCGGAAUCAAGUACCGUCGCGAGAAGCAGCUCGACACCAUGGCCCGCCUGGACCCGACUUAUGGCGAGCUUCGCAGGUCUCUCCAAGACACGUCGCUCAGCAAGGAGCAGCUGUCGGAGAUUAAGGCCAAGAUGGCAGAGCGUGAGGAGCAGCUCCUACCAGUCUACCAGCAGAUUGCCCUGCAAUUCGCCGAUCUCCACGACCGUGCCGGCCGUAUGGAGGCCAAGGGCACUAUCCGACAGGCUCUGCGCUGGAAGGAGGCUAGACGCUUCUUCUACUGGCGUCUUCGCCGCCGUCUCAGUGAGGAGUUGAUUCUCAAGCGCAUGAUCGCUGCCGCACCCUCUGCUGUCCCCCAGACCAGCGGCGCGCUCCCCGCCGAUGCUUCUGUUGCUCCUACCCAGAACAACAGUGGCUCCGCUCGCGAAACCCACCUUCGUACUCUGAAGUCUUGGACCGGCCUUCUCGACAGUGAGUUCGACCGCAACGAUCGCCAGGUUGCGCAGUGGUAUGAAGACAACAAGAAGUUGGUCCAGGCCAAGAUCGAAUCUCUCAAGUCUGAGAAUGUCGCGUAUGACGUUGCCCAGCUGCUCAUGGGCAACAAGGACGGCGGUCUGCGUGGUGUCCAGCAAGUGCUGAGCAUGCUUCCCGUGGAGGAGAGGGAAUCUGUGCUCAAGUACCUGGGCUCCGCAUAGAGGCUUUGACAGACAGUACACGAUGCGUCUCUUGAUACCCGCAUAGUUGGGCGAUCGCUUUUUUAUCCCUUGUGUUGAAAUGUCUUUUUGCAUGGGAGAUUCGUGCUCCCUAUAUUACGCGUGGUUCCCUGUUUUCUCUGGCGUUUUCCUUUACAUUUUGACGACGCUUCUGAUUUAUGCACGAGUUUCAUUCGCCUCUGAUGUAUAUGACUAGGACGUUCGAAGUAGGAUGUAAUGUCAUGAGUCUCUUCGCAGUUCAUCUUCUGUGCAAUCCAUCGUACGUAUCUUAGUUGAAGUAUACACAUUUACAAAAUAUGAUGCCUCCUUGAGUAUAAACUUAGGAUAAAAAAAGGAUGUUCCUAAUCUACUAAUAUAUCAUUAUAUUAAUACUAGAA